AUGGCUGUGCCCACCCUGGAAGGCAUCCCGGUGGAACUGCGUAUUUCCAUCCUAUUCACCAUACCUGACCCCGGUUCACUGUGGUCGCUUCUACGCGCAUCUUCUACAUACUAUGAUGCCUUUGAGCUAGUGAAGAAAGACCUUCUUCGGAGCCUUUUACAGAAGCAUCAUGCUGGCUUGGUUGAUAUGGCCGAUGCAAUAGCCGCCAUCCGUUCCAGAGGCUUGUACGCUUCCGAGCAAUCCAACAAAGAAAAAAUCAUCGCACUUCUUGAUGCCCGAAACUACAACCACAAAUCUCCUCGGCCAGAUACUUCACCUGCGCAGCUUCUAGAUGAACCAGCAAAUAUCCAGGAGACAGUGCAGUUACUGCAUUUACAUAACCAGGCUAUAUUUUUCCUAGAGAAUUUCUGCAAGACCAUUAGGCGACCAGUAUGGAUGGAUGAGACCAGGUGGGAGAGGGAAAUCAUACCUCUAGCCUUAACAGAGACGGAGCAACGACGCAUCAUCCGUGCUUUCUAUCGAUUGCAAAUCUACGGAAAUAUCUUCGGUUCGAUCGAACGUACCGUGGAUGCGGAGCACACCUCCGAGGACAAUGAUUGGCAAGAAAAGCAAGAUGUAUUCAGCGGCGGAGAGAUGUGGCGCCUGUUCUUUGGCCAUAUGGCUCCCUGGGAAGUUGAAGAAUUCAGCUGUCUAUGGGAGCACUGCUGUUACCGAUACGAAUCGAUACUCCGCGAAGUAUCCGACAGCCUGGUGCAGACAGGCUGCAUGUUCUUUGACGAGCUUCCGGAAGAUCAACGACCUCCUCCUGGUUGCUGGUAUACCGACUGUGAUGAUUUCGAAGACCCAAUGGAUAAAAGGGAGAGCCUGGCUUCUAAAGGGCCCGCACUCCUCUGUAAAGUCCUGCGGGAAGAAGAAUUCCUAGCCCGCCGGGACCUGGUCCUCGUCAACGUGCGAUCAUUCAGGUUAUACUUCUAUGACUUUGGAAUCUGGCCCAGACCGACCGACACUAAUGAAAUGGAGCUGUUCUACCCCGCGGACAAAUUCAACUUCGGGACGGAUAGGAAUGGGCUCCGAGAAUUUCUGAAAACAUUACCACCAUUUGAGCGGCCAAAUCUAGCAUGGGAGAGGAUAUGGCUUCGAGAUGAUCUCAAUUUUGCGCAACUUUUCUAUGACAUGUAUGAGUUCGGGGCCACUAAUAAGCAUCGGCCGUGGCAAUACGCUUUGUGGGAUGACGAGAGACUCAUUGAAUGGAAAGUACCUAUUCUCUCUGAUGACUAUCCGUUUUGGAACCCGACGCACGACAAUUGA